UCUUAAUUAAUUAUAACUAUCCAUAAAAAAUAAUGAGCAAAUGAUCUAAUCAACGUGAUGAAAUUUAUAGCAAUGGAGAUUAGGACAAAAAGGAAAAUUUGAAGCUUUCGGCUUUCUAGAAUUCACUAGUGGAGAAAAAUUACGUAAUAACUUAUACCAUGAUUUUCAAACCUCUGCAUUAUCAGUCGAUACAAUCGGGUUCAACUAGUAGCGAUACAAAAUAGACUGGAAUGUCUCGUAUGACUAAUAUGACCGAUUUCCAAUCUCUAAACAAAAUGAUGAGUUUUGGUAAAUUUAAUUAAAAAAAAUCAUUUGCUUCUUGAAUUUGAAAAAUAAAUUUUGAUAUUAAUUCUUGAUUCAAGUAUGGAAGUUAGAUAGCCCUCCACAAUAGACUUGAGGCUGAUUCUAGUAAAAGAGGUAACAAAUCAAAUUAAAAACAGUCUCAUCAAACUCUUUCUUUUCUCUCUCUAGAACAAUAGUCACAAUAGUACCACAGAGACCUUAUGCAAUGUUCAUUUGUAGUUUGUAAUUAUAGUCACAGAACUCUUAAGGAAUUUCUAUAUGGGUAAUGGUAUGUUUUACGGUUGUUACAGAAUAACAUCCAUUAACAAUUAAAACAAAAUCCUAAAUAAUGCAUCCUCUGCCGAUAACCUACUCUAUUGUUAGACUUCAUAUUGAUGGGCAUAUCAUACAUGAAAGCUAAUUUUCUGUGAAGAAAAAAAGAAAAAAAAAAUAGAGAUAGAAGUUAUAUACCUCUCAGCAAUAAAACUUGAAGCAGAUUCGGGAAAAGGGAGAAACAAAUCAAAUCACAAACAGUCUCGUCAAACUCUUUCUUUUUUCUCUUCUCUCUGGAACAAUAGUCGUAGCAAUAGCACCGAAAAUCUUAGGUUCCUCUAUAGUUCGUAGUUAUAGUCACAGAACUCUCAAGAAAUCGUCAUAGAUGUAAGUGAAAAGUAAAGUAGAUUCUUUUAUAUGAAUCAAACACUCUCAUUCGAACACUGCUUGAAAAUGAAUGAGUCUAAUAAUAUCAUUUUUCUUUAAGUCGGUCUCAGAGAGCAUUGAUCUAAAAAAAUUCUAUAAAAAACAUACAAGCAAUCGUUGCUCGACAAUGCCAUGACCACUUGUGUGGCACAAUCUUUUUAAUUAUAAUGUAUGUAGUUAUCCCGAUUGUAUGUUUUACAAUUGACAUAGAGAACAUCCAUUUACUUACAAUUAAAACAAAAUCCCAAAUAAAGCAUCCUCUCCCAAUAGCCUACUCUAGUGUGGGACUUCAUAUUGAUGGGGCAUAACAUAGUUGUGGGGUAAGUCCAAAAAUGUCACUCAUAAGGUAGUGGCCAUGGUAUCAUUGAAUACCCACAAACCUCAUUUCAUGAAAUUCAGCGUUUUCUAUAUUUUCAAACUUCCCCUUCAUACCGCGCACUACAACAAGAAUCCGUUGAUCUAAAUUAAUAUCUUAUCGUCCAAAAAAUAAAUCUUUUUAUUCCUAUUAUACAAAACAAUUCAAAUACAGACCCGACGUAUAGAAGAAGAAAAACCAUAAACAAAUGGCAAUGGGAAAAAAAUAGGAAACCCCCAAAAACGAAGAAACAAAACAGAGAACGGCCCAGAGAGAGAGAGAGACAGAUCAUCAUUCACUUCACUCUUCCACAAGUUCCAAUCUUUGCCAUUCAUUCACUUAAACAAAAAAACCUUUCCUUACUGCUCUACUUCUACUCUUCCUGCAGAAACAUAAUCAUCACCAUUAUCACCGAUUCCCUCCCUUCCUUCUCUGCUCUACGCUUCGCCUUUUAGAUCUCUGUUCUAUACUCUACGGUUGGUAUAUACAAAUGUGAAGCCUCGGGCUUCGAGCGUAACGAGACAAGAGCCCUACCCAUCAAAGCGUUUUUGCCUCCUUUUUCAUUUCUGGGUUUGGUUCUGCUUAUAGCCUAGCUAGCUAGCUGCUGUCCCAUUUAUAAUCAUCGGCUGCAGUGUUGAUUCUCUAUAGCUUUUCCAAUUUGGAAGACCGGAGACUGGUUUCCCUGUUUUCUACCAAAUAAUAACCCAUUGGUAGAAACCUAACUGUAAAAUAGAAUCCGAGGCUAUUAGAGAGAGGGCAAGGGAAGGGAAGGGAAGUGUGUUGCUGGGUCCUAGUUGAAGGCGGAUUAGCUUUAUUGGGUCUUUCGAUUUUUGGGUUUCCCUUUUGGUGUGUGUUUCCUUUCUUCAUAAAAGGUUUGGCCUUUCUUGCAUUUUUUACCAAAUGCGACUGGGUUUGUUAAAGGGGGAGAAGGGAAGAGCGUCCAAGGGAGCCUGCUGAGUUUUCUGUUCAGUGUGUGAAAGAACCAUUUUUUUUUCUUCUUGUGGCUGGUUUGGAAAUGGAAGAAGAUAAGAAGAAGAAGAUCAAUGGUAGUGGUAGUGGGAGUGGGAGUGAAGAAUCUACUAAGAAGAAGGAGAGGCAUAUUGUCACUUGGACUUCUGAGGAAGAUGAUAUACUUCGCCAGCAGAUAAACUUACAUGGAACGGAGAACUGGGCGAUCAUAGCAUCUAAUUUCAGUGACAAAACAACGAGACAGUGUAGAAGAAGAUGGUACACAUACUUGAAUUCCGAUUUCAAGAAAGGCGGUUGGUCUCAGGAGGAAGACUUGCUCUUGUGUGAGGCUCAACGAGUAUUUGGUAACAGAUGGACAGAAAUAGCGAAGGUUGUUUCAGGCAGAACAGACAAUGCUGUGAAGAACCGGUUCACAACCCUUUGCAAGAAGAGAGCAAAAUAUGAAGCAUUGGCCAAAGAGAAUGAAAGCGUGUUUAGUAAGUCUAACAACAAGAGAGUCUUGUUGGAUGACAAGGUGAACACUGAUGGAAACCCAGAAAUUGCAGGAGCUGCCAAGCGAACUAGGAGAUCCCACAUUCCCGAUCAAACAGAGACCCGGAAUGUUGGAGAUAGAUCACACCCUAAACAGGCUAGGGCCCCAUUUAUGGUGUUGACUCGGGAUGCACAUAAAGUUAAUGCUGUUAAUCAGCAUCCAAUCAUCAGUAACAAGGAGGUCUCCCCUGGUGCUCAAAGUGGUAAUACACAAGGAACCUUUCUCAAGAAAGAUGAUCCAAAGAUAUCAGCCCUGAUGCAACAAGCAGAACUUCUCAGCACGCUGGCACAGAAAGUCAAUACAGAGAACUCCGACCAGAGCCUCGAACAUGCUUGGAAGAUACUUCAAGACUUCCUGAAAAGGAAUAAAGGAGAUGAGAUCCCGAGUUACACGAUUUCUGACAUUGAUAUCCAACUCGAGGAUUUUAAAGACUUGAUAGAAGAGCUAAGGAACAGCAGUGAUGGAAGUCAUCCAUCUUGGAGGCGACCUGAUCUAUAUGAAGAAUCUCCAGCUAGCUCUGAGUUCAGUACAGGGUCAAGUCUUAUGCCGUACUCAGCUCCCGAUGCAACAACAGAACAACCCCAUGUUGAAAUUGAGACGCUGCACAAGGAUGUUGCAAGUGAUUUGGAAGCCAUGCAUGUCGAAGGAGAAGGUGUCGAAAGUAAAGGUGACAAAGAACUCAUAUCUGGGGUUAACAUAGCUGAAGGGGAGCUGUUUCCAUCGUUUGAAGACCAAACGAAUGAUGACAUAGUUGUUUCUGCUUCAUCAAGUACAGAGUUCGGUUCCCCUCGUCAUGUUACCCCAUUGUUCAGAUCCUUGGCAGCUGGAAUUCCUAGUCCCCAAUUUUCAGAAAGUGAACGAAGAUUCCUACUGAAAACUCUUGGAGGGGAGUCUCCUUUCCCUAAUCCAACCAUCAAUACUUCUCAACCACCUCCCUGCAAAAGAGUCCUCCUCCAAAGUUUAUGAGAUUGAGAAUCUCCAUCAUCAAUCUCAUAUGAACAACAUGGACUUCCCCGCUCCUAAUAUCUUUAGUCAUCAAAUAGAGAACAUGGCUUCUCACCUGAAAAUGGGGGGAAAUCUGGUCUACCCUAAAACAGUCAUUCUACCUAUUUUCUCUACUAGGGAUACAGCUAUCCUGGACGAAGUUUUAUCCGUCGGCAUGUCGAGAAAACUGCAUCCAAGACCCCAGGUCUAGAAUGUGAAGGAUGCAUUCUAGCCAGCUCAGGACACAUACAUAAAAUGUGACUUGAGUACAAUUUUUCAUAGUACUGGAGGAGAGUGCUACCAUGGAAGAAAGGCGCCUCCCCUGUGAUUGCUAAUGGUGUGAUAUUCUUUUGAUUUUUGCUGCUUGGAUUUUGGUACAUGGGUUACCGCAGAUCCAGUUUUCGGCCUUCGAUUCAUCAUCAUCAUAUGUACAGAAAUCUUAGUACUGGUACUAUAUAUAUGCCUGUAGUCAAGAGUGUAAUUAGACAUCGGCAUCUCGCCUAUAUGAGUAGAGAAGAAACAUAGAAAAAGAAAGGAAAUGAAAGUAAAGGAGGAUUAACCAGCUGAUUGGAUUCCUAUUUGUUGUUUUUGGUGUGCAUAGGGUAUAGAAUAAGUUUUUAGUUGCCCGUUUUUCUUUUUUGGUUGGUCUUCCUUUACCUGAAUUCUGAUGUAACAGAAUAGAACCUUGGUGGGAUUUGGAAAUGGAAAUGUCUUCCUGGUUUUGGUGUGCAUGCUUCUUCUUCUCUUCAUCAAAAUUCUCAUUACAAAGUUUUUUUUUAUAUAUUAUAUCUUUACUGCAAUCAAACUCAGAGCAGGAAGAAGAUUGAGACUGCAACAUGGCUCACUUUACGAACAAGAAGAUCGAAACAUUCAAAUGUAAGUUGUUACAACCGAUUUACCUGACUGAGGUCAUUUCUCCAUGUCCUUGCUCUCUUGUGUCCCAUGAAACCAGAAUCUUUGUCCUUCUGCUUGAAGAGAAAGAUGGAAGAAAGAGCUUACUCCUCUUGUGCUACAGAAAUGGGAUUUGGUCACUAAAAAGCAGAACACUUUGGCCAGAAUCUCUGCUCUCCCAUCCUUCUCUCUGCAUUAUUCCUGAGCUUUGCUUCUAUGGGAAAGGCCUGUGGGAGGAGAAGUGAAGAGAGUGUCCUUGUGGAUUCUGUUAUGUAGGAAGGGCUUGUUAGUGGUGGGUGAUGGUGGAGGACAAGUGUAAUCAUUCAUUUUGGCAUAGCUAAAGCAAAGAGGGAGAGGGAACCGCAUACAAAUUAAAGCUUUUACUCAUUGAUUGGCCUCUCUCUACUUUCUCGAGAGAAGGUUUCGCCCCAAGUUGACGAUUUUGACUAUCUCUAGUCUUGACCUUCAUAUAUUACACUUGAACGAUGUGAUAUCUGAACCACCAAGUUAUCCUUCCUGGUCACCUGCUUCAUACAUGGAAACAUGUACUUUGCUGCAAGUUCAAUUCAUAUAAGAAAUACCAUCAACUUAAUUUGGGUAUACAAUCACGUGCAGAUGUAAGCUGCAAUUAUGCGUUUGUGCUCGUCAAUAAUAUAGUCAAAAUCAU